AUGGAUGGGGUUAGUAAAGAAAAUGUUUUUCGCUGGUGUAGGGAGAAGGAAAUAGACAGUGAAUGUAGCUUUGGGCUGAGAGGAAAUUUGACCCAGGCCAGUGAAGAUAGUAUAAUUAAAGCUGUAAAAUUUCUGUAUGGAGUCAGCGAACCGAGGAUUGUGGACACAUGGAAAGGACCAACAGGCACUAUUACAGCUGUCUUAAUAACUAACCAGAACCAGCUAGACUCAACGUUGCUUCCUAGCAUGGUGGUAGUAGAGGGAGUACCGGGAUGGAAAGUACAACUCCUGUGUCCUGAAAGGAAGGAUAGUGGGGAAGAAGGUUGUAUCACAGGGGAAGAACAAGGGAACGGAGAACCCCAGUCUAGAGAUGUAUUCACUAAUCCCAGCCAGGACACUGAGGUACCUAUCCACCAUGAUGAAGUGGUGGAUAAUCAGGUGGAAACCGUAGUAGGCAAGAUGGUCAGCCAAUUGGAACGGUGGCACUUUGAAGGAGGAUAUCGACGGCUUAGGAUUUUCUCAGGAAUCCUCCCUGUGCCAGCUGGAGAAGAGAACUAUGAGUUGUGGAGGGAGGCAGCCACGCAACAUUCAGAAGAAUGGCAAUGCCCCGAACAUAUUAAAAGACAGCGGGUGGUUGAAAGCCUCAGAGGGCCGGCUAUGGGAGUUAUUCAAGCCACUCGGAGGAGUAAUCCUACUGCUACACUGAAAGAAUACAUAGAGGCUUUAGAUUUUUCCUUUGGUACCUUGGCGGAUGUAGGUGAUCUACUGGCAAGACUCAAUCACACCUAUCAAGAGCCAGGAGAGACAUUGACUCAUUAUGUUUAUAGGGUCGACAGGCUAAUUUAUAAAAUCGUAGAUAAAGGGGGUAUUGAAAAAUGUGAAGUGGACAGAAGGAGACUAAUACAGGUGCUGAAGGGAGCUUUAACCAGUAAUCCUGUAGCUCAAAGGAUGCGAUGUACAAUGAAUACUAGUCAGCCUCCCACUCUGAAUGAACUGGUGCGAGAAGUGAAACUGGAGGAGGUACAAAUAGAGAAUAGGGAAAAAACAAAAAAAAAGGUCAAAGUGGUUGUACCAGCGACUGCCCCUCCCUCUAUAGAUGAAAGGCUACUGAAAUUAAUAGAAGAACAAAAUAAAAAAAUUGAACAACUAAUAGCGCUUCAGACUAAUCUUCCGUACAGUCAGGGGGAGAGUUCUGAAUUUGGGCGAGGAAGAAGGAGGGAAGGUAGAUUCCCCAUAAUUUGUUAUACUUGUGGACAAUCGGGUCAUCGGUCCUUUGAAUGCCCCAUGUAUCAUAAUAGAAGAGGGGGUAGUAAUAAUCCCAGUUAUAGGAGAAGAACUUCCCCUCCGGAAAACGCCAACGGGAGCGCUGUGAACCCCUCACAGACUCCCCAAUAA